CUAUGAACCAAGGCAAUGGCUGAGUGCUCUGGUUCUGAAAUCCACCAGCCCUGGGUUCAAACCCUGCUUUGUUGCUCAUUUAGGGAUCUGAUCUUUGGGAGGGUGUGUCUUUCUCUUGGAGCCUUGGUGCCCUCAGCUAUAGGAGGAGGUGACUUAGAGCCUACCUCACAAGGUUGUCUGGCCCACAGGGAGGAGGUCCAAGAGAACUGCGUGCGGUGGCAGAAGAGGUUCACCUUUGUGUGUAAGAUGAGCGCCAAUCCGGCCACCGGCCUGCUGGACCCCUGCAUCUUCUGUGUGUCCGUGCGCAAGGAGCUGAAAGGCGGGAAGGCUUAUUCCAAGCUGGGCUUUGCCGACUUGAACCUAGCCGAGUUUGCAGGCUCGGGAUCCAUGGUGCGCUGCUGCCUGCUGGAGGGCUACGACACAAAGAACACCCGCCAGGACAACUCCAUCCUCAAGGUCACCAUUGGCAUGUUCCUGCUCUCUGGAGACCCCUGCUUCAAGACGCCACCGUCCACUGCCAAGUCCAUCUCCAUCCCAGGCCAGGAUUCCUCCUUGCAGCUGACAUGUAAGGGUGGUGGGACCAGCGGCAGUGGCGGCAGCAGCACCAGCUCCCUCACAGGGACCCGGCCCCCCAAGGCCCGGCCCACCAUCCUCAGCUCAGGGGUGCCAGAGGAGCCAGACCAGAACCUGUCCAGCCCUGAGGAGGUGUUCCACUCUGGCCACUCACGCAACUCCAGCUACGCCAGCCAGCAGUCCAAGAUCUCAGGCUACAGCACAGAGCACUCGCGCUCCUCCAGCCUCUCGGACUUGACACACCGCCGCAACACAUCCACUAGCAGCAGUGCCUCGGGUGGCCUCAACAUGACUGUGGAGGGCCCUGAGGUCAGUGAGCGGGAGUACCGGCCCCCCGAGAAACCACCACGGCCACCCCGGCCUCCGCAUCUCUCAGACCGCUCAUUUCGACGGAAAAAGGACUCGAUGGAGAGCCACCCAACCUGGGUGGAUGACACGCGGAUUGACGCGGACGACAUUGUGGAGAAGAUCAUGCAGAGCCAAGACUUUACGGACGGCAGCAACACCGAGGACAGCAACCUCCGGCUGUUUGUGAGCCGUGACUCCACCACACUGAGUGGCAUCCAGCUGGCCAACAGGGUCUCCUCUGGGGUCUAUGAGCCAGUUGUGAUCGAAAGCCAUUGAGGAGCUGGUAUCCAGGCUGGAGAAGGGCCCUGCCUUUGUGGGUGUCUAGACCUGCAUCAUUCCACGAGGGACCUUCCCCUUUGGAUCACCAUCUGCGCUGCAUCUCAUCUGUGCCUCCCAUGUGCACUCCAGCCCCACACCUGUCCCUAAAGUAUCAUUCCAUAGUCCUCCCAUCCAGGCCAGGGCCCUCCUGGCCCUUUCAGGUCCAGGCACCACUGUGAAUAUUUUCCUGUGAACCACUAGAGGGCAGGACAAGCAGGCCAUGCAGUAGGCAGGCAAGAAAGACAGCCAGGACUGCCCCUGCACAAGACUGACCUGGCCGUCUUGGCUGAGGACAUGCCAGCAGCUCCUUAACAUGUAGGGGCUGCUUGCAGCUGAGGGGGUUGUUGCUUUUCCCCUGUGUCCCCCACUCACUCCAGAGGCUCUGGUUUCAGGCCCCCUCCUCCGGCAGGGCCUUGCUCCAUUGCUCCGUUGGCCUUGGAGGGCAGCCCACCCCCAGAAUCCUGCCAGCAUGACCCCCUGACUGCUUAGUGCUUUAGCUGUCCUUCCCCUGUAUCCUGGGGGACCCACUGGUGGCCUCCCCCCAGGAGCCAAGACCUCAGGCCCCACCCAUGCUCCAGAUUGAGACCCCCCCUUUGCCCGCAAACGAAUGUUCUCCUGCCACCCUGGCAGCCUGCACUUUGCACAUGCUUGUCUCAGCACAGCCCCCACUGGCCCCUUGCCUCCCCUUCCCAAGGAUUCCUGAGCUCUGCCUGCUGUGUAGUUGGAGUCCCAGGGUCUAGCAGCCUGGCUGGAACCUGGCGCUUCCUCCCCACCCUCUAGUUAGCCCCGGCUUAGGUGUAACCUAUGCGGAGAAAGGUCUGAGCAUCGGUGUGAUUUUCCUUCUGCCCAGGGUAGGGUCCUGAGCAACUUCACUGUUUUUCCUGUAGAGGUGUCACAGAAGGUGCCUCCCAAGCUCUUGGAGAUUGGGGGCCUAGCUAAGCUAGACUUUAGCAAGGAAGGCCCUCAUUUCCUCCUCAGGGUCAGCUGGCCCAGGCUGGAGAGGCAGGUGGGGUGUGACUGGGCCGGCCCGGAGCUGGGCUCCUGGCUGGAAAAGUACCUCAGCCUUCUGAAAGCAUCCCCCAUUUCUGGGCAAGGAAGAGGUGGGGUCCUUUAGGGGGAUGUAUUUUUUUCCAGUGGGGAGCAGUCUGGCCCUGACCCCCCCUCACUAAAGCCUCUGCUCUCAGCACUUUUCCUUCCCUGGUCCUUAUUACUUGCUUGAAGGUGGGGUCUGAUUGCCAGCCAGUCCCUGGACAAACUCCAUGUGCCAUUCUUUUAAAUUUUAGUCAUUUUGUAUAAACCCAGCAGGCUGGUGUUUAGUUACAUCUUCAAGUCUUUCUUUUCUUUUCUUUUCUUUCUUUUUUUUUUUUUUUUUUGAGUUCACAGUUCAAUAUUUUCUCCUCCCCCAGGUGAGGGGAGAUGGUUCUGUUCUCUGCCCUCCCUGCUGGCUGGGUCCCAGCGGGGCUAGGGCUCUGGAUGGAGGAGCUGGGAUGCUGGAUCUCUCUGCCAAGUGGGGUGUAUCCUCCCCAGGCCAGGAGGGUUCCUUGCCCAGUUUUCUAUCUGCCCCAGCUGGUAAAAUUUGGGUUCCUUGGUCCUGGAACCUCACUGGCAUUGGGACCAGAGCAUUUCUAGUAGAUAUUUUGUGUUUUUGUUUUUGUUUUAAAUCACCUAACUUUAGAAGAAAAAAUGAAUGUUAGAAGGUGCCUGCCAAGGCAGGAUGGAGUGUUUGCUCUGGUUGGGGAAGGCUCUGAUGAGCUCCGAAGAUCCCUUCCUGCCCCACAAACAUCUGGCACUUUAGAAGGAAACUGGCAGCACUGUGUCCAAAUGGGGUGACUCCCAGAGGAUGGAGGUGUGCUGUCCUUUUGUGUCAGCAUGACCUCAGCUCAGUGGAGAGGUGCAUUCAGGGUGUAUUUUGGGUUUGGUUCAAGGUUCUGGCGCUUUAGGUACAUAACCGCUGGCUUUGGCAUGUUGGGGAGACUGCCCCAAACCAGGAAUCCUAGCCCCAUCAAGGGCAAGGUCUGAGUUUGAGAGUCACCCUAGAAGGAGAGAGAGCCUGCCAUACUCCUACACCAGGCCCCUGGCAGAAGAAUUUGAUCAACUAAGAAUUCAGCCAAAACCAAAUGAACAAACACUGGCUGGACCCAGAGGCCUGGAGUCCAGCCUCACCCCCAUGUAGGAGCCCUUUCUUUGGCCCUCUGGCCCCCUUGAGCUCAGUGAAUCCCUAUCAGGCGCCCACAGCUCCGGCUGCAAAUUCUAUAUGUAGAGAUAGAUUUUAUUAUAGAUAUUUUUGGAAAGGAAUCAGUCUAUGCAAUGCCAGUUUGGAAUCUUCUUGAAAGACAGUUUAAUGUUUUUACUAGGAGAUUUAAAGAAAAUAAAGGUCUACAGUAUUUUUAGGUCUUUUUUUCCUGGUCACUCUACAAAUUGACCAUAAGACAUGAUCAGCCAGGAUGGAGAAUGUCCACGUUUUCCUCUAUUUAGGGAGAUGAGCAGAGAGAUGAGGGAGGGGCAUCGUUUGUCUUUUUUAUUUUUAUUUUAUUUUUUUUUAAUUCCCCUCCUUUCUAACAGAAUGCUGCCACCACUGCCCCCCAGAUUCAGCGGGCUAUUUGUAUCUCUGUCUCCAGCUUCUAUUGUAGAAAAUAACAUUGUACGGGGAAAUCAGUGUAGUGUCUUGGUUUGGGAAAAAAAUUAAAUGUUGUGGUUUUUGUUUUGGUA